AUGCAGCUGAUACUGAGCUCCCGAGCUUACUGCAAGGAACUACUUCAUCUGACUCCAGAAAAGAUCACAGUUCCCAGCGACAGAUUCAACCAUGUUCAUCUGGACAUCGUCCUCAUGCCGUUCCAUCAAAACUUUCGGUACUGCCUUACCAUGAUAGACAGAUUUACUCGCUGGCCGGAGGUUGUCCCUCUUACAAGCAUAUCGGCUGAUACAGUACUCAGUUCGAAUCAGGGCUGUUCAAGGAACUGGUUCACCUCAUGGCACACGACUGCUUAUCACCCCCAGUCCAACGGAAUGGUCGAAAGAUGGCACAGAUCAUUUAAGGCUGCGAUGAUGUGCCAUUCAGGCACCCCUUGGCCGGAACUGCUACUCAUCGUUCUGCUUGGACUUCGUACCUGUUUAAAAGAGGACCUUAAAUCAUCGGCUGCGGAGAUGCUAUAUGGAACAACAAUCCGCAUGCCGAAUGAAUUUUUUGAAGAUCUCGAUGUAAACGUGGAUCCUGCAACCUUCAUUGGCGAUUUUCGUGACCUGAUGCGAAAGAUUCGUUCGACUCCUUCUGCGCACCACAGCAAGCAAAAAAUGUUCCGCCUAAAAGAAAUAGACAAAUGCUCUCAUGUAUUUAUUCGGACCGAUGCCGUCAAACUACCAUUGGAACCGCCUUAUUCAGGACCUUUUGAAGGGUUUUAUCGCAACAGCGACCGAGUUUUCACAUUAAAUGUCAACGGCAAGGCUGUCUCCGUCGAUCGAAUAAAACCGGCCUUUCUAGCUAAAACCGACACACAGCAGGAUGCUCAACCUGAGAUCGCUGUACAGCCACAAACCUACCAGAACAAGCGAGUACAAUUUAACGUAUCGUGA